GAAAUGGUCACGUGACCUUUACUAUUUUCAACACUUUGACAUUAUCACCCAAUAUUUACUUAUUUUGCGCAUAAUAGCUGGAUUAUAACUGUCUAUGGUACUCCAUUUGAAUAAACACGAUACUAUGGAUAUAAUAUAGCAAGAUUCCUUGGGGAGGAAUAUGAAUUAACUCUGAAAAGAGAUAAAACAAAGACGAAAAGUUUCAAAAUGGCGUCCAGAAAUUUUCCACAAUUUCGUUCCGCUUCAGCUUUGGAUCAAGAAAAGGUGCCGUCUAAUACACUCAAGCGGCACCCUAAGAUGGAACUGAACAAAAAUGAUAUGCUACGUUUGCUGAGUUAUUUAGAAGGAGAACUACAAGCAAGGGAUGUUGCAAUUGCAGCUUUAAAAGCUGACAAGGCAAAAUACCUCCUUUAUCAGGCCAAAUAUGGUCGUUUCGGUCUCAGUGAUCCGUUCCUUGCACUACAACGUGAUUCAGAUGGCAACAGGGAUUCUGCGUUUGAUGAAGAGUCUGCUAAGGCCAUCUAUGACAACCAGUUGAUGCAGCUGGAGAAGCUGAUCUCAACACAGCGUAAAGCUCAGCUUAAGAUGAGAGAACAGCUUUGUUGUGUUGAGAAACGAUUUCAUAAGGUUUGUGCAGAACUUGAAGAUGAGAAACGUAAACAUGCGCAGGAUACAGCUCAGGGUGAUGAUGUCACUUAUAUGCUGGAGAAAGAGCGGGAACGAUUAAAACAAGAGCUUGACUUUGAAAAAAGUGGGACAAAGAAGGCUGAAAAGGAGCUGAAGAAAGUAACAACAGCGUUGGAGGAGGAGCGUGCGGCAGCAGCCAAACAUAAACAAGUUGCAAUUAUGUUGAUUAAAGAACGCAAACAGAUGGUAGAGAGGCUCCUUGCAGAGAAACAAAGGAAUAAUGACUCCAUUGAUAAGGACAAAAUGAAGGUUAUAGCUGAAGGUUUGGUUCAGGAAACCAAGAAGGCCAACCAAAUGGAAGCUGCCAUGGAGAAACAGUUGAGUGAGUUUGACAUUGAGAGAGAACAAUGGAAAAAUAGACUAGAACAGGAGAUGAUUAGAAAUGAAGAAUUGUCAUAUGAAAUGGAUAAGUUACGCGAGCAAGUUGAUUCACUUCUAAAACAGGUUAAUGCUGAAUCAGGGGGCCCUAAAAGUAUAGAAAUUAAAAGUAGUGUAACUAAAGGUAAUGUACGUGAGACUGCGGUUAUUAACCCAACACGUAUGGGGUCCCCUAUAAAGGUGACUGACAGGGUAGGAAAAAGUAAUACACCCCCUCGUGUGACUCUUGGGGGAGGUAAACCGGACAUGACUCAGUCUCCAGGCCGGGAUGUUACAGUACCUAAAACUUUGAAUUAUAGCACUGUAACUUCACCUGAAUCUACUGUGCAAAAAACAAUAAUGCGAUUAACGUCUCCUACAUCAGAAAACCAAACAGUUGUCAGCCCUCAAAGAGUGCGUCAAGAACGCAGUGAAGUGAAGCAGCAUAUUUCUAGCCCCCGCAGCCCCAGUAUCAAUCUUCAGGAUAGGGGUUCACCACAGAGUGGCCCAGUUAAUGUAAGCACAGGGGGCACCACUGUCUUUACCACGCCAUCUGGUGGUAAGAUAUCUUUCACUGUAGGGCCAGGCACCUCUGUAAGGAAGUCAUCUGCAGGUAGAGGUACACCACCCCCUGUACCACCAAAUAAGCCAGCUUAUGUCCCCCCUGGGGCAGGUAUACAAAGUAACCAGUUAAGUCCUCGCCAUGCCUCACCCCGCUCUCCCUCCCCAGGCGUACCUAUCCCUGUUAAAGUAGAAACCUCACGGCCAGUCACCUCACAGGGUCAAGCCAAGUUUGGAAUUACCAUAUCUAAGGAUAAGAUCACUGUGUCUGGCCCAGAUAGUCCAAACCCUGAGGCAACCAAUCAGAGACCUUAUACUAUAGCUGCUAGCCAAUCAGGGGGCACUGUGACAUCAUCAACAACCAAUCAGGGCACAGUUGUCAGGAAUACAUCACAGCAAGACGACCUGGGACAACACGACUCAGGCCCUUCCUCCCAAAAUUUAACGUCUAACCCUGAGAUUUUUGAGCCCGAAAUGGCUGACCUACAACAACUCCUUGUAACCAUGGUAACAGGUGAAAAUCAUCCAUCUAACAUAGAGACCCCUUCAACUAGUCACAAACCUGCCCCAUUCCCUGCCAACACAAAUGCUACCUUAGUUAAUAAGUAUACUUCCUGCGGAGACCUUGAUAAUUUACGUCGGAUGAUCCUUGAAGAAGAGAUUGCUGUAAAUAUUGCUUUAGAAGAUGGAACAACGCCAGUUCUGACUGCUGCAGAGAGCGGAAAUGAAGACUGCUUAAUUUUUUUAUUGGACAAUGGAGGGGAUAUUAAAUCUACCAGAUCUGAUAACUUUUCCCCGUUACACGCUGCUGCUGGAGAAGGGCAUUAUGGAUGCCUUAAAAUACUGCUAGACAAAAUUGACCAAUCAGAUGUUGAUGUUAGUGACCGAGCUGGCUGGACUUCGCUGUAUUGGUCAGCGUCAAAUGGCCAUCUUGAAUGUUGCCGUCUGCUUUUGGACUAUGGUGCUAAACUAAAUGCUUGUAAUAAUGCUGGUUGGACCCCCUGCCAUGCUGCCAUUCACGCUGGACAUUACAAAACUCUGGAAUUUUUACUUACCUACAAAAUGGACCAAUCAGAGCCUCUUGCAAAGUCAUGUGAUUUGAUAAACAAGGAAGAUAAUGAUGGUUGGACCAUCACUCAGCUUGCUUCAAUCAAAGAGUCAAAGGAGAUGCUGCAAUGCAUUAUGGGAAACUAUAGUCCUGACCUAGAGAGAAAAGAUAAAUGGGGACGUUGCACUAAAGAUAUUGCAUCUAAACAAUGUAAACAGUUACUGGAGGGACUAGACAAGAAUGAACACUGUUGUACUGUAGUUAUUGACCUUGACCCCAAUGACACCAUCUCUACAAGCACUAGCCAGGAAGCCUCAUUCAGUAUUGCCAACAUCAGUAUUACAGAAAGCACAACAUGGUCAGAGCUUGAAGGCCAACUCAGUGAUGUCAUAAUGGAGCACCUUAUAAGUACUGCCAAUGGGUUGAAGUUGAAACGACCAAUGAAAACGGAGAUUGAGAAUUCCAAUGAGGGCUAUGCCCUUGGACUAAGUCUGGACAGCAUCAAGUAUUAUUCCAUUGGUAUGCACCGUUGGUCACCAGGAACCCCACAUGAGAAAACACCAUUUGAAAUAGUGGCCAACAAUGAGACUGAGAGGAUUGUGGUGGAGCUGUUUGCUUGGGAUGAUGACUGUCAAGAUAGUUUGGCUUAUGAGACACUGAUACCUGUACAAACACUGCACAACUACCUGAGACUGAUUGAGCAAUAUAAAUGUCUGGUGUUCUAUGGGCCAAGUGGAACUGGCAAGUCAUACCUGGCAAGGAGGCUGGCCCAUUGUGUACAGGCCCGUGAACGUCGCCUUGGAAAAGAGUCAAACAUUCAUGUUAUAACACUGCAUGCAGAUUUUACUGGGAAAGAUAUGGUUAAUGUGCUCAUAGAGAAAGGUUGUCUUUUUCCAAACCACCUUAAGAUGCCGACAAAGAGGGCGCCAGUGCUGCUAUUUGAUGAGCUGGCCAAAGUAAAUAUAUCGGAAAUAUUUGGAGAUGUUCUCAAUGGUUUGGAACACAGAGGCCCAGAGAAUUCUUUCCAGUUAAAAAUAGAUGGUAAACCCGAGGGUCUAUACUACCUGCUGACCAAUUGUUACAUCAUCGGAACAAUGGACAGAUCACGCUCCACAGGCCUUGAACUUUCAAUACAGCAAAGAUUUCGUUGGGUGCACUUCCGAAUAGACACUGAACCUAUGAAAAAUCUUCUUUCCCGCCAUUUAUCACGUCGGCUGCUCAGUCGCUUUGGUGGUACACUGCCACCUAUUGAGGACGGUGUAUAUAAGGCUGUUGAGUGGGUGAUUGGUGUAUGGCAGAGACUCAAUGAAGGACUUGGGAAACUGGGACUUCCUGAACUGGUGUUCGGUCCCAGUGUCUUUAUGAAUUGUCCAAUAGAAGUGAAUAAACCAAAGACAAUCAUCAGGUGGUUGAGUCUGCUAUGGAACCAUGCUAUUGCGCCUGCUGUUGAAGAAGCUGUCAUCAAGGGCUCUGGCUCAGAGACAGGCUCUAAAGGUCAAGAAAAGGUGGCCAAGACAGCCUUGUAUGUUCUCAUGCAACGGGCCAUUGUGGUUGGCUGUCCACUAACAGGCCAAGAGAAAGAGCGCUAUCUCUCCAGUUUCCAUGGCAGCAAUGAAUUAGAUAUACAGAUGAGAGGUUUGGACAAACGCAAGACCAACGCAAGUGUUGCUCCUUCUGGUGAUCAAUCAAAUGAGGCUGACCUAUCACCAGAAAAAAUAAUAAGUAACAGCAAUUCCAGUAGUCUAAACAGUAGGGGUGAAGCCCAUUUAAUUCAACAGCGCCUUAAAAAGUUUGAUAUUGCUAGAAGGACAAGUCCAGCCCAGGAAAGUAAAACUGUGAAUCUCACAGAUGCAACUGUAAGCCCCAAAGUUCAUUCAGCAGAAAAGACAACAAUAAACAUAUCAGGUGACACAAUUGACAAUGAUAAAGAUGGACAGUCCAAUAGAACUGAAUCUCAAACCUCUAAGGAAACCAGCCCAAGCAAAGAGAUACCCCCUGAAAUGAAACUUCUAGACAUCAAAGUUUCUGGCACUCCAAGGUCAUCUAGUCCAGGUCGGAAGUUUCUAGAAUCUAGACUUGAAAGAGCUACUGGGCCUUCAAGUCCUAAUAGACUUGGACUAGAGUUGAAAACACACAAUGCAAUAAAGCUUUCCUCUCAGCAGACAGCUGCUAAACCCAGGUCUGCUAGUCCAAUGAGGUCACGGAGUCCGAAUAAGAAAGCAGAACAAUUCCCAAAUAUUUUAAACCAAAGAACAUCAAGUCCUAUCCGAACAGCAAGUUCUCUUAGAUCUGAAAGUCCGAUACGAACAGCGAGUCCUCUAAAAUCAUCAAUACCAAUUAGAUCAGGAAGUCCAAUGAGAUCAGCAAGUCCUUUAAGGUCUACUAAUCCCCAGUCUAGUGUCCAAGAAAAGAGCACCCGGUCCCCAACUAUUUUAGAUAAAACUCCUAGGUCCCCUAGCUUAAGUAGACAACUUCGGGAAGAGUUUUUGCGUGACUUUGCAGCACCAUCAUCGAAACCAAGAGACACAUUGUCUCCCAAACGUCAAUUCCCUAGCCCAUCUGCCCCUACCUAGCCCACUUCAUCCUCUAUCCUACUAGUUCCCUUCACAUUCUAUCUCUAUACCCUUCAACCCCUAUUCCGCCAUGGUUAUAAUCCAUAAUGUUUAAUCUUUAGUUAGAAAUCCAGAGGCAUUUUCAUAGUUUUUAAGUCGCAACUAUGGUAAAUGACUAUCCAUUUUUAUAAAGGUAUUUAAUCUAGUAUUUGUUUCCUUAGUAUUUUCUAUGUACAUUUUCUACAUAUUGUUUUACAUUUAUCAAUUGCAUAAAUGGAAUCUCGUUUGUCAUAUAUAUUCUUAAUGCGGAAUUUAUAUCUUGGGAUUGUAAUUUGAAAUCCAUGAAGUUGUUUCUUAGUAUAAUUUGCAAUUUUAAUAAAUACAUAAUAAAUACAUUGAAAUGACAUGUAUCUGACAAUUACUGUACAAUUACUGAUGCUUAUACAUAUAUUAAUCAAAUAUCUCAGCAAAUUUAAUUUCACUUCCUUAUAGGGAAUGUCUUAAAGUGUUCAUGCACCAAGCAAGCUUAGAUGCUAUAUCCUCUUCGAGAUUGCAUGUUUAUA